AUGCCGAUGUGCCCCAACUGUGGCAAGGAGGUUUACUUCGCGGAGAAGGUGAGCUCGCUGGGCAAGGAUUGGCAUCCAUCCUGCCUCACGUGCGAGAAGUGCAGGAAGACCCUGUCUCCGGGCUCACACGCAGAGCAUGGCGGCAAACCCUACUGUCUCGACCCGUGCUACGCCGCCAUGUUCGGACCCAAAGGAUUCGGGCGAGGAGGAACCGAGAGCCACACAUAA